AUGAAUGACUAUAACUCGUGGUGGCAAUCUGCUAAGGACGUCAAAGCAAAACUUGUACCGAUCGUUCCUACUGGUUGGGAUGCUCGACCACGGUAUGAGAAUCCUGUACCAUGGCUCUAUGAAGGACCAGAACAUUACUUUCAACCUACCGGCGAAGAAUUGCAACAAUUCUUUAGAACAGCAAUCAACUUCACUUGUCAAUACAAUGAGACUGUUGAAGCACAGACAACACUCGUUUAUGCAUGGAAUGAAAAUAGCGAAAAUGGUGCUUGCCUUAUUCCUACCAUCGGAAAUGGUACUUUCUACGUUGAUACUUUAUCGAAGAUACUUCCAUUGUAUUGUUAA